AUCCAGCUGAGUGGGGCCGGCAUACGUGUUUUCCAGCAAGCCAAUUGUGCCAAACACGAACUAGACCUUUGCAGUGGCGGACAUCAGAGUCGGUGAGAAUAUUUCUGUUUUCAUGUGACGGUACCGAAUCCUUCUGGUGAGAAAUGAUUUGCGUUUUGUGUGUGAGUAACGGUGGCAUGGAUUUGAUGUGAAGUCAGAGAAGAGUGGCCUUGUGCCUCUCUGUUACAGGGGAAUGGAUCCGAUUUCCGAGGCCACCACGUCUCUGAUAUCGUACCCCAGCAACGCCCAGGAGCAUGUGCAAGAGGAAGCUACAUCUUCUUCUCCCUCGUGGCAGUUUUUGCACGAGGACCUCAUAGUCGAAGUGCUGGCACGUUUACCGUUUCUGAGCCUCAUCCGAUGCCGACGGGUGUGCAAGAAGUGGAACUCCGUGAUCACCUCAGCGGGCUUUUCCGACCAUCACCAGUUCACCCCGAAGUGCGUGCCCGUGUACUUCAACGCCUGGGAUGGAACGUUUACAGUCUACAAUUCAGUGCUCAACUCUUGGUACAGACACUCGCUGGCGUUUUUACAAUUACAGGUCUACGCAAGCUCCCCGGCUUUGUGUGAAUCUCUGUCCUUGGCGGCCUCGGGGGGAGGGCUUCUGCUGUUUGAUACCGCAACCUUCGGGCAGUAUUUUUUGUGCAACCCUGUGACCAAGAAAUGGAGAGAAUUGAAGCUGCCCCGCAAGGACUGGCGGGGAAACCACAUGCCAGCUCCGCCAUGGAUCAGAAGAGGGAGGUUGCAUCAGGAUGUGGUGUCUGGAAGAAGGAUGCUGGUCGGUAUCGUGUGCGGAAAUUACGAUGUGAAUUAUAAGCUCGUGUUUGCAGGUUUGUACGCAGGGUCCUUGUGGACUACUCUGGUUUACGAUUCUCGGACAUUCAGUUGGAGCAGAGGUGCCCGGAUUCCGAUCGAAGGUACGGAUUGUGCGUUUGCAGGGAGAAGUAUGUGCUGCAAUGGCUUUUUGUACUGCUUGAUCAGGGGAGAUGGCGGUGAUCUGAAUCAUUACAGGGUUAUGAAGUAUGACUUGGAUCAGAAAAUCUGGCGUCAGUUCUGGAUUCCAAGGUAUUUUGGGCCGUUUCUUGAGCUUUUAGAGCACCAGGAGAGUAUCCUGUUGAUUGUUAGAGAGCCGGCACGAACGCCGCUUGGGUCCAACACGUUUUACAAACUCCAAGAGUGGAACCAUGAUGAUGCCACUUGGCUGAUUGUUCUGGAGGAUUUGCCAUCGGUUGUCAAUGGAUUGGGCCAACCUUUAUGCACGAAGUUUGUGUCAGGGUUCCAUAGAUGUGGGCAUGUCGGAAAUGGGGACUUGAUCUAUGAAGUCGGAUUUUACCGCGAGGAGCAAGAGAAGGGCUGGAGAGUCCUUCUCUACCACCAUGCAGAAAAUUACUGCUUUUGGUUGCCUGAUUAUGAUGUGGACAAGCGUCAUGCAAGCUGGCAUGGCUGGUCCAAAUUUCCUCUCGGAUUUUAUUCGUUCCAACCUUCCUUGCGGCUUCGAGUGUGAAACAAUCAGCUGCUGGUACACAACGAAUUCAGCUAACGAUGCACGGUAACGAAAGAAAGCCAUCUGCUUCAUUCACUGGGCUUUGGGAUUCCAUCAUAGUGCUCCCAACUCAGGCUACUUCCUCUUGCACUCGCUGUGAUGAUUUUCUCAAUUUGGACAUUUUUCAUGCUUGCAGUUUCAGUUGUACGGUUUACCCUGUUGUUGAGCUGAGUAAUUGAUCAACAGAUGUCUGAUACACCAAUGUUAACGAUUGAUCGUGGGUUGCACAUGAACUGAUUGCUUCAUGACUUCUUACUGGACCAGAAGUAUAACUUGAGAGCACUUUCUAGGUGGGAUUGCCUAACACUGACGGUGAUAGGCUUCUCAAAAUUUUUCAACUCGGAAUUCUGUAUUUGAGAGGUUCUUUGGGAUUUUUUUCUCCGUCAGAAAACGAAUUCUGGCGGGUAGUAAAAGCCAUGCGCGGCCGAUGAAAUCUGCUAAAUAUGAUUAACGCAAAGUUCAUGCUUCCUAUCAUACCUAAUUUUUUAUCCUAAGAGUGAGAAAAGAGACUUCUCUCCUGGUUGACUAGUAUUAGUCGUUAUUUUGGUAAUUUCAUCCAUGUGACC